UUCAUUCUACUACGCUACGCAAAGGUUACGAAGUCGCUUAGCUCGACGUUAGGAGAGUCAAGGGGGAAGGCCAUACCUACAUAGAAGAACCGCUGUUCGCUGACUUUCUAAGGAAGGUCUAACCUUUAGCUCCCUACUGAAAAGGGGCACAAAGCCGCUUUGCACCACUGAUAGACUACUAAAGAUUCAAUUCAUUCAAAAGGCCCUACUUAGUUUCGCAAGCCUUUGUCAUUGUCAGUCAACUAAGUAGGGCCUGAGGCCCCCUGCGAAUCCGUAAAUAUGAGGAGCAUGCCGCAACACAACAAAAGGAUGGUCCCCUAUGCAUUUCAUUCUUUCCGGAAGGGAAAAAAAACAAGUACCCCCAUCAUGGUGAACCUCUCCUUGUGAUCGGGAUGAGGUAGAUGCCUCCCAGCUGGGGGGCGGAUCGAAUCGGAGUUUCCUUAGGUAGCCACCGACCUACAGUUAUCCUUAAACUUCCGUGCUUGGUGGAGAAGAAGCGAACAAAGGUACGCUCGCUUGCUGUCUUGUUCUCUGCCGCGAACUGGGAUCGCUCGCCAGCUAGGUCAGAUUGGAGCAAGAAUUUUUGAGAACAUAUUACCCAUAUUCGGGGACAGGGGGCGGAACGACCUCUCGAUCUGCUUACUGCAGCCCAGGAAUAAAAACGUCGUCUAGGCGUUCCUUGUUGCUACGAUCUCCCCGACGCCUAGGACGUUGUCUGGGCCAAGAGCCAUAGUUAAUUGCUGUUUCCAUUUGGUUGUUUUUUUCUUGUUGUUGAUACCGGCAAGACCAGCCAGAUGAUGUCUGCUGGUUGGUAGUGAGAGGACUCGUAGUACCUGCAUACCCAAAAGAAAAGGAGGCGCUGAUUAAAUUAAAAAACAAUCAUUUGAUUUAUUUUCUUUCUUACUCUCCCUUAGCAGCGGGAAAGGAGUCUAUCUAUCUGCCUAGCUUUGGUAGAUUUCCCCCAACGCAAUCCAUAGAAAUUCCACGAAUCCCUUGGUGGAUAAGUCCGACGACUCAGCAGCAGUGCGGAAUGGAGUUUCUCGUCUGGUGGAUCUGAUCUUUAGGGGGCAAUACAUACCAAAAGGUGCUUUAGUGAUCUUUGAUGGUCUGAACAAGGAACUCUGUGUGGGGAUCCAUCUUGUUGUUAUUCGCAUUGUUCACCUUGGUCGGAAAUCAGGGUGGUUGUUCUGCGCUUUCUAUUUUAAGCAAGCAGCUUCAUCCUUGAUGAUGGCCUAUGGUGGUGAUGAAUUCGUUCAUCCUGACAAUGCGGUACCAGUUUCUCUCACUCGGUCCGUCUCAUCAUAGGCGUAUGAUUCUGAAGAAGGAUGAGAAAGCGGACAUGCUGGUGAAGUUUUAUUAAAAAAGAUUCUCUCUGUCAAAGAUCAUUACUUUGGCAAAGAAGGUUGAUAAAUCAACGUUUUCUAGUAGAAUAUCCCCACCCGAUAAUAUUGACGAGGUGGUGGGGCUGGUUGGUUCGAUUAAGGAGAACUUUAAUCGACUUAUCAGUCGCUAUGCUCCCUGGAUAAAACGUAUACCCCUUGAACAAGGGUUACGGUUUGAACCAACCUGGAAAGCCUUGCCGACACACUCAUUGACGAAAAGGGUGUGGGUUGAGAGAAGGAAACUUCCUUAUCGUAAGAUUCGGAACUUUCGCUCUUCAUUCACAUCGUUUUCUCAUGAGUUGGGCGCUUUUCAAUGGCUGUUGGUCGUUGGGCACUCACAGGGUACCCAAUGGUCACAUGGCUGCUUGUGGCCUCCCCGUAUUCGUUACGCCUUUGAUGUGAGGAAUAAAACCUUCACACCCGAGGAUUUUGAUUCGUUUGAGCGCCGUAUAGGGCCCUUUCUACCAUCCUGCGACGAUAUGGGCCGCAAUCACAGGCAAACUAGGUUGCACGUGUGAGGGUGCUGGCAAGCGUCGUAUAUUCGCAAUAGGAAACUAUGUGAAUCAGAGGUUGCUGACUGGAUUUUACACAUAAGGAGCAACCCCAGCCUACUCUCCGCCUUCUACGCUCCUCUGAGGGGGCCUCUCUGAGAUAUACGGUUUAUGCCGCCAUGCUUUCUUUCUGUUGGUCAACAACCAACCACAUCUCUAUAUAGUCAAAACACUAGUCCUACUGGCUUGACGGAGUUCAGUCUGUCUGGAGGGAAUCAUUUCUUCUAUGCCAUGAUACUUUCUGUUUUGUCGAGCCCUGCUUUGGUCUCUGGUUUGAUGGUUGCACGUGCUAAAAAUCCGGUACAUUCCGUUUUGUUUCCCAUCCCAGUCUUUCGCGACACUUCAGGUUUACUUCUUUUGUUAGGUCUCGACUUCUCCGCUAUGAUCUUCCCAGUAGUUCAUAUAGGAGCUAUAGCCGUAUCAUUCCUAUUCGUUGUUAUGAUGUUCCAUAUUCAAAUAGCGGAGAUUCACGAAGAAGUAUUGCGCUAUUUACCAGUGAGUGGUAUUAUUGGACUGAUCCUUUGGUGGGAAAUGUUCUUCAUUUUAGAUAAUGAAACCAUUCCAUUACUACCAACCCAAAGAAAUACGACCUCUCUGAGAUAUACGGUUUAUGCCGGAAAGGUACGAAGUUGGACUAAUUUGGAAACAUUGGGCAAUUUACUUUAUACCUACUAUUUCGUCUGGUUUUUGGUUCCUAGUCUAAUUUUAUUAGUUGCCAUGAUUGGGGCUAUAGUACUGACUAUGCAUAGGACUACUCAGGUAAAAAGACAGGAUGUUUUCCGACGAAAUGCUAUUGAUUUUAGGAGGACUAUAAUGAGGAGGACGACAGACCCACUCACGAUCGACUAAAAGGAAAGUCGCCCGGAGAUAUUGGUUCAAAUCCAAUUCGUGAGAAGAAUCCAAGUGAGAUACUAAUAAAGUCAAGUAUAAAGGGCUUUUGCAAGAAUAGUCAUAGGGCUCGUUCUUUCACUUUAAACUGACACAAAUUUCCUAUCCCGGCAGCUUUCUCGUAAAAUUAAAUUAGGGCAUAAUAAGAAAAGCCGAAGCAAAGCAUUCAAAAAUAUGGCUGGUAACAAAUACGACUUCGCCCACUGCAACGAAUAGAACAAUAAGACGAUAGGGGUAUGCGACUAGACCUGCAAGCCUCUUUUUGUCUUGUUCUGAGGGAAAAGAGUUCAUAAUAGGCCAGCCAGGACUAGUGUGAUCCUAACCGGUCUUCUUCUUACUUACACUAUUACACCACUUUUUUUUUCCGGGAUUGAUGUCCGCUUGGAAGAGUGAGGGUUUAGGCUUUCCAGGAAGAGAUGAGACCAAAUCCUUCUCACUUGAGAGAUGCGAAGAAGGAACUGUUUUCAGGACAAAGACUCGGGUUGUGAGGAAGUUAAUAAUUUAGGGAACGGUCCGACCUAAGCCACAGUUUGACAAGCUCAGUUUACAAUGAAAAUAAAUGCAAGAAGAAGAAGGACGACAACGGAAUGGGAUUACGCAUCUUCAUAGGAACUCUUAAACUUCGAUCGCAAAUAGCCUAUGUGCGCGGGACUGGUAGCGAGCUACCAGUGAUAAAUAGCUGAGAAAGGAAGCAUCAUUGGCUAAACCCACGAGCCAGAGACGGAAUUCCCAAGUCGAAUGGAAAAUCACCCAUUUCUGUACCGGUUCCACCGACCUCUUUUCUACUACGGUAAACUUCACUCUAAGCUAAUCCAGUUCUCUGCCUAAAGGUUCACUUGAACCUACCAAGCCCAGCACUUGCCCGCUUGACGGUCGGAGCGCUCUUUUAUGAAGGAGAAGCGCGUAUAUCUUUUAUCUAUGCUUGGCUGGUGGAAUAGAUCCUUGCAUUUUUGAGAAAUACUAAAAGCUGGCGAUGACUUGUCAACUCAAUCGAGAUCGAUCGCUUUCAAGUGAAAGAUGUUUUAAAUUCCCUCCCGAAAUAUAAUUGGAAAGAAGACACUUAAAGUGCCUUUUCGCUAGUAAGAUCCAUACAAAAACAAGUGCGUCUCACUGUCACGGGAAUAGACAGAGAGCGAUUGGAAGCCUUAUGCUCCGCCCGCGGUGCUAAACUCUAAACUAAAGCUCCGCGAGAAUAGAGUUUCGUUUUUUCUAUGGUCCGAAGAACGCUCAGAAUCCGGAUGAGUUGACUCAGGCACAGAUCCAUUUUCCCUCUGCCUCGGCGUCACUCCAAUAGCCGAUGUCAUCAUUAGGGCAAACGAUUUAUCUUUAUUGCCUAUCUCUCUAGAAAGGAGUAGUAAUAGAAGGUUAGGUUUUCAUUGGGUAUGAUAUUUAGUGCCGAUCCGGGAUACUCCGAAGGGCGACUAGGUCAGUCCAUUGAGGGAGGCAGAAAAGGCCAACUAUUCGCCAUCGGGAAGUAGAUCGGUCUUUGGCUUUUACGGCCUAUACACCAAUGGUCCUUGAUCUGCUCUUAGUUGUCUGCAAGGGUAGUUGAGUUCUCCCCUGUUGAGGUUGGUUAAAGAGCGUGCAAGAGUUUUUCCUCUUAUUUGUUCUUAGCUAGGGGCAAGGCAGUUCAUUCAUUCAUGGAAAUCAGUGCAUAUUCUACUCUGUGUUAUAAACUCUCUGUCUUUUCUGUCAACAAGGGCGAUGCCCGACCGAUCAACUGUCUGACUGCAGCUCAGUGCUAGAAAGAAUCUUUCUCUAAAGAAGGACCGAAGGGACGAUAUUGAAAUGAAAUGCUUGCCCUUAGUUGGGUUGGGAUUCGGGUAGCUAUUCAAAUAAGUUUCUUUCUGACGCGCUGCUAGCUUCCUCGAUGUUGUAUAUCCAUACCCCGUUUGGGUCGGUACUUUGGUCUUUACAUCCCCCACAUGAUUGGAGAUGGAAGGAUUGCCUCCCCCUUCUAGAGAGUGACGGCUUAUUCAUCGUUAAUUGACGGACGAGAUGGCUAUCACCCAUGUUAAAUAAAAGAAAAGGAUGGAUUGACGACUACCGAAUACUUGACAUUAGAAUAGAUUGCUAUAGUUUAUAAAUAAUAUCAUCCUAUAUAUAGGAUGAUAUGAGGUGGUACUUUUCCCUUUCAUCUUUCUAUAGCAAAGAGCAGAUAUCGAUCGUAUGCAUCCUAUCUUAUGUUGAAAUUCCAUUUUAGAGAAUGGGCUAUAUGUCACUUCUAGUAGUCAAAGGGUAAGGUUUGGAACCCUAAGAGCAGAUUCCAUAGAUGCCUAAGAGCGGUAAUUCCGCAUCUGAAAACAAGCCAUUCUAGAACAACCGAGGGCAUGUCCCCUGGCGGAUGAGAGAGCAGCUCCUUCUGUGCAUCUUCCUUAUUUAGCUGCGGGAACGAGUGCUGUGCUUGCCCCGACCGAUACCACCAUUCAUUACCGUGAACCAGCCCCUCUUAUAGGCAGGUCUUUCUUCUUUAAAGCCUGGAGCUGGUGUAUGAGUUUAUUAGCCCCUUUUUUCCUAUUUCUUAUAGUAAGGAAGUUGAGAUGAGAAAGUCAGCGUGCAGGUUAUAGAGAGAGCUCCCACGGGAUAGAAUAGUGAAGUUUACUUUUGCCCGUAAGAAAGUGAGAACCCUAUAAACCCUUCUGACGAAUAAGCAACUAGCUAACCCUUGAUAGAGUCACUUUCUCUUUUUCUUUAUUCCGAGUGUCAACACAACAAGAAAAGAAUGAAGAUUGGCCCUUUAAGACUAGGGCUAGGGUUAGUCUUAAAGAAGUUCUAAUUUAGAUCAUUUAAAAACACUGGGGUUCUAAUAAAACAUAAAAGAAAUGAUUUCUUAAACUUGUCUUACAGCCUAAUCUUAAUUCUCCCAAUCGUAUAACAAAGGCAGCCAACUUCAAGUCUUAAUUGGUUUCAAAGUCCCUGCGGAUAAGCUACCAAAGCUUUUACCAACGAUAAAGGGACGAGAAAUAAAGUAUUUAAGAUUUCUUUCUUGUUUUUUCCUUUUGUCCCGGAAUAAUAGAAUAUGCCUUCGCGGUGCGGUAUGAGUGGACAUGGGCUAAUCCCUGGGUCUGGGUGGUAUGGCGAAAGCAGUGGGAGAGUCCGAAUAUUAUGUUGGUUGUAGGAUUAGAAGCAGCUAAAGAAUCCGCAUCUGUUGAAGUAAUGUCUGAAAUAAUAAUGUCAUAUGUAGUUGCUCUAUCAGUCUCGGCCAACGCGUAAAGCCAGUUAAUGAUUCAUGAAUGGAGGAUGCCAAGCAAAGAUAGAAUCCUAUUAGUCUGGACUACAAUGAUCUAAAGUAGCUAUCGUACUUAGAGUUAGGAGCGAAAGUAGCCAAGAGAGAGCCCCAAGG